UUUUUUCUGCCACCUGCUUUUACCAUUUAUGGCUUUUAGAACAUGAGUUUGCAACAGUUCCACAACAGCUACAUCUGUCACUAAGAAAAUGACAGCCAGCUCCGAUAUUUAUUCCACUACUACUACUUGCCUCAAUAACUCAUCAAUGGAGGUGUUUUCCCACAUGGGUUCUCUCCAUGCUGCUCCAACUACUACAAAUUCUGAGAAAAAUAGUCUUAGUAACCUAGAAGAUUCUGAUGGGUUUGAAGAAAACACUUAUAACUUGAGUGAGGAUCAUCAUGUUGUGAAAGAAAUGCAUAGUGGUGGGCAGUCAAAGAGUAGUUCCAGAGGGCAUUGGAGACCUGCAGAGGACACUAAACUCAAGGAGCUUGUUGCAUUUUAUGGUCCUCAAAACUGGAACCUUAUAGCUAAGAAGUUGCAAGGGAGAUCUGGUAAAAGUUGCAGAUUGAGGUGGUUUAAUCAGUUGGAUCCGAAGAUCGACAAAAGAGCUUUCAGUGAAGAUGAGGAAGAGAGACUAAUGGCGGCUCAUAGAGUUUAUGGCAACAAAUGGGCUAUGAUUUCGAGGCUUUUCCCUGGUAGAACUGAUAAUGCAGUUAAAAAUCACUGGCAUGUUGUAAUGGCGAGGAAGUUUAGAGAACAAUCCAGCGCUUAUAGGAGGAGAAAACUGAGCCAAGCUGCUGUUCAUAAUACUGACCAAAACUGUGCUCAAAAUAUGAGCAAUGUCAGCUUCAUAAAUCCAGCAAAAAGUCUCGACUCAUUUGCACCUCCCAUUGCUGCUGGUGGUGGAGAUUUGUUUCUUGGAUCUACAAGCAGCUGCAAUAACUUUAACUUUCUCCCUCUUCAUGAUGAUCAAAAUCAAAGACCUAAUUUUGCAGCUUGUGGAAAUCAGAAACCUCCUUUUGGUUACAAUGGAGAUUACAUGAGUUUAGGCCUGGAACAAGACAGCUCAAGCUUCAAUAUUUUCAAGCCUUAUACCGUAGACAAUAAUUUUCCAAUGCAACAAUCAAACUACCAGCACCAUUCUGCAGCUUUCUCAGAGACUAUGGCAUCGGCAUCGGCGGCAUCUCCAGUCUCAAUCACUGAGCCAUCAUCUUCAUCACUGUCACUUGCAGAUACCACAGCAACCAGCCAUUUUGAGACUAACAUUUCACCACCAUUUAUAGAUUUUCUUGGCAUUGGAGCCGCUUCAUGAAGAGCACAAUUUUUCACGAGCAGGGAUUUGAACCAAAUAUUGAGGUGCAAACACUAUAUCAUCACUCAUCAUGUCAAGUCAGCAAAACAGCUUUUCUUAAGGGAUCAGCAUAUUUAAUGUUCUCACAGAAUAUAUUUUCCAAAUUUGAAUCAAUGAACUUGUUUGCUUGCUUACCCACUCUAUACAUUUAACACCUCAUAAUAAUUCUAUCUUCUAAAUCCUUUAUGUUUCUA